GGAACCGCGACGAAACCAGGCAAGGUCAGCCCAGCCACCGUAAGUAACACUUGCGCUGACGUCUCCUUUCCAGCAGGAGAUUAAUUAGGAAACGCAGAUCUCAUCUCAUUUCAUCAGUCGAGAGAAGAGAGAGAAGCUCAAGAAAGAAAGCAGCUAAAGACAAGACUGAAGAAGAAGAAGAAGAAGCGGUAGUAGUAGUAGAACUAGAUUAACAAUGGCAAGAGCUGGAGGAAUCACGAAUGCGGUGAACGUGGGGAUAGCAGUCCAAGCCGAUUGGGAGAAUCGGGAGUUCAUUUCCCACAUCUCCCUUAACGUCCGUCGCCUUUUUGACUUCCUCGUUCAGUUUGAGGCUACAACGAAAAGCAAAUUGGCGACUCUGAAUCAGAAGCUUGAUACGCUGGAGCGUCGUCUCGAAAUGCUCGAGGUCCAAGUUGGUAGCGCUACUGCCAAUCCGGCUCUCUUCACCCCUAAUUGAUCAUUCUUCCAUCUUUAUAUCAGUACACUACAUAAAAUUACGCAUUUGCCUCUAUGUAUGUAAGCAGUUUCUCAUUCGAUGCGGUUCUUUCCUUCAAGUGCUUACCUUGCUACUUUUCUGUUUACUCCCUUGAGUAUACUGCUAGCAAUAUUUGCAUAUCCAUCCAUGUAUUAUUUGGUUAUAUAGGCAUUGCUAAUUGAGCAAUUUAUGAAAAUUGGAUGGCUCACUUUUUCCGGUUCAAUGCAGAUGACAUUAGAGCUGAAAAAAAAAGAGUCUAAUUGUGAAUGAUUAAUUGCAUAGUUGUUGGAGCAUUCAACUGCUUUAAUUAACAUUCACUGAAAAUUCAGCUUAAUUUCUCUUAUUCGAUAAGGUAUUUGAAUAAAUAAAUCAUGCUUUGUGA